AUGAAAAUCCCCAGUCCCAUACUCACGCUAUUCAUCUUCUUGAGCCCUUCGCUAGCACUGGCAAACAUAGAAACAUGUUUAGACAGCGUUUGUCAGGGUGGUGAGCCACUAAUCCGAUUCCCCUUCCGCAUAGAAGGAAAACACGCAGAAUCAUGCGGAUAUCCAGGCUUCAUAGUCUCCUGCACCCAAAACGCCCAAACACUCCUCAACUUACCAAAUUGGGGCCCACUUAAAAUCCAAUCUAUAAACUACGCUGCGCAACAACUGUGGGUGAACGAUCCCAAAAACUGCCUCCCUAACCGCCUCCUCUCUCUCAACCUCUCCGCCUCUCCCUUCCGCGCCGUUUACCACCAACAGUUCACCUUCUUCAACUGCUCCCUCAAUUUGGAGUAUCUCGUUAGUCGAUACCGUCCCAUAGCUUGUCUCAGUGAUUCUCCCAAGUACGUCGUUUUCGCGACGCCUUCUCCGACCGCGGUUGGCCACUUGACUUCUGUGUGUAAUUUGGUGGCCACGGUGAAGGUGCCCGUGCAGUCGCCGUUUUACGAUCAAGUCAUGUCGUCGGAACUUGUCGAGGAUUUGCGACUGUCAUGGGAUUCGCCGGCGUGUGGCAGGUGCGAGUCCCACGGUGGCCGGUGUGGCUUCAAGAGUAACGACACUUUUGAGCUUGACUGCUCCGGUGUCCCUUCGAAAGGGAUUUCCCGUGGUGCCCGUUACGCCAUAGCUGUAUGCAUAGGGAUCCCAGCUAUGUUAUGCUCCUUUGGAGUAUUGAGUUGCAUAUGCGGCUGGCUCAAAAACGGGAACCACGAUCGACAUUGGGCUCACGAAACGGUGGCAGAUUUUGAGGCUCUUGUGGGCUCAUGGCCCACCACGGUGUCGGGCCUGGAUAGGCCCACUAUCGAAUCCUACCCAAAAAUAGUUAUAGGUGAGAACAGACGUUUACCCAAGAAGGGUGAGAAAACCUGCCCAAUUUGUCUCUCAGAGUACAUGCCAAAAGAGACAGUGAAAAGCAUUCCUGAAUGUGGACACUGCUUUCAUGCACAAUGCAUCGAUGAAUGGCUUCCACUGAACGCGUCUUGUCCAAUUUGCCGUACUUCUCCCCGAAAGUUACCACAACCGCGUGCUCGAUCAUCACCAUAG